AAAGAAAGAGUCUCGCUGCUUAGAGAAAUGAAGGUGUUGCAAGAAAAGGUGGAAGUAAAUCUUAAAAGACAAAGGCAAGAAAAAAGUAACUUGGAACAAAUUGUUCAUCAUUUGAAUUCUCAAAAGGAAGGUGCGACACCUCCAGGAAGUGUUAUCGCUGGGAAUGCGAGUGGUCUCGUGUCUCUACGCGGGAUGCAGGCGCAAAGUGAUUGUCGGCUCAUCAAGAGCAUUCGUCGGCCUCUGGCACCGGAAGCUACAAGAGAUCACGGAAACAGGCUAAUCAAUUUCCAGUCUAAUUUAACAUUCAAGGAGGGCUCCUUUAUUCCACGGGUUGUAGAACGCGAAAUUCUAAGAAGACGAAACAAGCGCUUGAAUGCUAAAAGACAAGAGCAAUUGGAGGGUGUGAAACAACGAGAAAUGCAACUGGCAGACACCGUGGGCGUGUAUACAAGGAUAAACAUGACCAAGGGUAGUUUGAACUACAAAGGAAAGCCGAAAUACAGGGAGUUUGAUAUGAGGACAGGCGACUCUCAUGCAACCUUACCACGUUCGGUGAAAUGUCACUAUGAUAUACCAUCAAUAGAACUCAACCAGACAGCCAGCUUGUGGUCUAAGGAAUUUAUUGAAAAGAAAAAGGUCGACAACACGUAUAAAAGACUUUUGCCAAAUAUUGAAAAGAUGGAGCUUAUCCUUCCAGUACAAGAUAAUUCAACAGAUAAAAUCUUCAGUGUGGUUUCGAAACAAACAAGAAAUGAAUGUACACAAACCAAAGAAGUAAUUCGAGGAAAAAGCAAGGCUGCCAGCGUUCAAAAAGAUGAUCGUAAAGGCACCAAACAAAAAAGCUUUGCUAAGGACCGUGAAAAAUGUAAGAAACCCGAAGACAAUAAGGUUUUUGCGCCUAAAGAUCUUAGUGAAUAUCGAAAAGACGUUUUCGAUGGAGAGAUUCCUGUCGAUUUUGUCGCGGUAGAAGAAACCUCCUCAGUCGUGCAAAAUACAAAGACAAAAAAUGAUCUUCAGAGAAAGGCAGACCUAGUUGUAGAAGACAGAGAAGGAAUAACUUCGACGAAAAACAACAGUACAAAGAUGGUUCGCAACGUCAGGAACAAAAUCAUUCCACUUGUGAAAAUUCAACGGCAAAUAAAGCCAGCUGUAAGAAAGGAUCAAAAUGACUUUUACAUCGACAGUGUCAUGAAAGAGAAUAAUGUUACAGGAAACCAAGCAAUUUCUGAGUUAAACGAAGUGUCAGAUGAAGUUGAUGGGGAAAAAUCCCACAUUCCCCUGAGCACUGGAAAGCUACAACAACUUAUCCGCGAAAAUGUGCUCGGCCAAUCACAGAAGAGCAACAAGCAAGCCAAUAAGAAAACAGUAUUGCUUACCGACUACGUGCGCACUCUACAAAAACACAUGGGUAUUAAAGCCUUAGGACCAGAAAUUGCGAGCAAUUCGCCCGAUUUUAGUGCAACACCGUUCAUACCUGCAGGAAAGAGAUUUGGAUGUGAUGACGAGUACGGUGAAGAACCUAGUCUCUUGGAGAGAAGGUUGAAAAUUUUGCAGAAGCAAAUAAUAAGACUGCCCGCGACAUUCACACUGAUCGAUGGAGACUUGGUAGAAGACUAAAAAGACAGGGAGUCCAAAUCUCUCUUGUCUUUAGUGUCAACUGUCUCUGGUCUCCUCGCCCCAAUUUCCCUAAGGGGCGCCGAGGAAACUGGGGCGAGGAGAUGGCUGACAAGAUUGAAAUCUCCGCACAGUAGCAAAAAGUUGUCACUAUUCAAACUGGUGCCAUAAGUUGAAGAAAGCCAGCACAAACGAAAGAUUUGCUUACUCACUCUUUAGUGUCAAUAUUGAUAAGAUAGAGAUUUUGCGCUGAUCUCUAUUGAAGCUUGCUUUAUCGUAUAAAUCAGUAUACAGAUUUACAAUGCGACUUCGUACAGAAAGUGUCAUAGUACUCUCUCUCGCGAUCAACGAUAGACAGAUAUGAAGCCACGUUUAUU